AUGGAAGACAAUUAAAAGGUUUAGCAGAAAUAAGCAGAAUAAGCUUCAAAUAAUUAAAGGCCAUCCUUAAACCAAGCAGCCAGGAAAUAGCAAAGUUUUAGAUAAAGUUUAAUUGGUAAAGAUGGUAGGGCUACUACAGGCAAAGGAAAUUUAGAUAGUAUUAUUGUUAAUGAAGCAGUUAAUGCUUUGGUUUAUGGAGAUGUAAUUAAUAGAUACACAAAAAGUGGAAAGAAAAAACAUGAAUGCUUUUUCUAUUUGCUUGAAACAGAUUGUAACAUCUUAUAAUGGCUAUCUGCCCACAAAAAAUUUAGUGAAUCAAGGAUUAAAUUAAGCGAAAUUAAAAACAUACAAUCCAAACCUUCUUUAACAGAAAUUAAUAACUAUGAUUCAUCAGUCUCGCUUUGCUUGACAAUGGAUGGAGGAUUUGAGUUAAUUUUAGAAUUUAAUGAUAAAAAGACACGAGAUAAGUGGUGGAAAGGACUUCUAUUUGUAAAAGAGUAUGGUCCAGACUAUGACAUUUAGAAUUAUUAGACAAAAGAGCAAUUUAUUGCUUAGCUGCUUCUUGGAGCUGAAAUCGAUAAAAAAAAGAAGAUUACUGAUAAAGAGGUAAAAAAGCUAUUAAGAAAGCUUUUAAUACAAAUUAAUAAUGAAGAGCUAGAAGACAAAAUUAAAAAGUACUACAAAAACAAUGAAAAAUCAUUAACUUAUAACGAAUUCAUAGAAUUAACAAUAACUUUACUUGAAAAGCCAGAAAUAUAACCUAUUUACUAAUCAUAUUGCACAAACAAUAAUAUGAUAUUGCAAAAGGAUAUAUUGAAGUUCUACCAGAACGAAUAAGGAGAAAAUUAUGACGAAAAGCAAGUGUUAUCGAAAAUGAACAAACUUACAAAAGGCAGAGAAAAGAAAAUGAUUAAUUAUUUGUCAUUUUGUCAGCUAAUAUUCACAGGGGAUAAUUCUAUUUUUGAUCCUGCAAAAUAAGUCAUAUCGAAUAUGGACAAACCUCUUUCUGAUUACUUUAUUAAUAGCUCUUUCAGAUCUUACUUGGUUUAUGAUUUAGUCACUUAAACAAAGGAUUUAACAAAAGCAUACAUUUAUUUAUUGUAAAAGGGAGUUAGGCACCUUGAUAUUUAUUGUUAGGAUGGAGAAUCAGGAGUUCCUGAAGCCUUAUAAGGAGUUUUUUAGGUAACUCCAGUUAGUGUUGAAGAUAUUUUCAAGGCGAUUAAACAAUAUGGAUUUGAAAGAAGUGUUUAUCCAAUAAUUAUAAAUUUGGAGCAUGAAUGCUCUGUGAAUUAAUAAAAUUUAAUAGCUUAAUUUUUGGUAAAUGUGUUCUAGGAUAUGCUUUAUAGGCUUCCUGAGGAUUUUAUUUCGUUAGAUUAUCUUCCCUCACCUAAUUAACUUAAAAAGAAAAUCAUCAUAAGAGCUAAAGGAAAGCUGGCAAACAUAAUAUCAUUGUAUGAAAAAAAAGUAUACAAAAAAGUAAAGGAAAGAGAAGAGAGAGAGUAGUAUGAGAGGGAGAUGAAGUUAAAAGAAGAAGAGUAAAGAAAAAAGAGAUAAAAAAAAGAGGAAGAAGAAAGAAUGAGAAAAUAAUAAUAAGAGGAAGAGGAAGAGAAUGAAGAAGAAGAUGAUGAUGAAUAUGAAUAUGAUGACAGUUACAGUGGGAAAAAAAGUAAUUAGAAGAGUAAGAAUAACAGCAACAAAAAAAAUAACAGUAACUAAAAGAAACCUAUUGUUUAGUAAAAGACCAUCCAAAAAAAACCAUAAAAUGGCCCUAAUAUAACUCGAGAUAAUAGCAAAUAACCAUCUAUAGCUUUAUUAGGAUAGCUAAAUAAAAAGUAGCCAAAUGAAAUUGAGCAACUGAUAGAUUUAGAAUUGAAUUUAGAUAAAGAAUUUUUAAACGAAGAUAAUUAUGCAACAAUAAAAACUAAUUAAAUCAAUCAGUUUUAAAUUUUAUAAAAUAAGGCUCUUAUAACUGCUAACAGAGAGAUUAAAUCCAUGGUCAUUCAAUAGUAAAAUUCAUAGUAUAGUCUUGUAGAAAAUCCUAAAGAAGCAAUGCAAAGGAAAAUGAGAACUGAUUAAAUUUAAUUUUAAGAAGCAAGAUCACCUUCCUUGAAGUCAUAGCAAUCCAACAAACAAAGGAGACACACCGCAAGAUCUUCCUCUUUUAAGCAAAUCCCUCAUUUAGAAAUACCUUUUAAGUCAGAUGUUCCACUAUAUGAGUAUCAUGGAAGUUAGCCAAAUGUAAACUUAGUUGCUAACAAAGAUGAAAAUUUUGCAAUGGAUUCUCCCGUCUUUAUUAAACACUAAAAUGUAAACGAAAAAAAGAGACACUCUUUGCUUUACAUGGCUAGGAAAAGAGCUUCGUUUGAGAACUUGCCUAUAGGCAGCAUACUAAAUAAUGCUUAAACAUAGCAGAAUGAAUCUUAAAAAGAUUUACUGUAGAAUAAUUCUUUUUAUGGAGAUAAAAAAUUAUUAAAUGGAGAACAAGAUAAUGACGAUGAUGAUGAAAGCAGCGAUUUUGUUUCUUAAAAUAGGGACAUCACUAGUUAGAUUCUAAUCUUUGAUAAUAACAAAUCAACAAAUAAAUAAGGAGUUGAUGAUAUUAAUGCUAUAUUAAGUAAUGCGAUAAACAAUGGUGGAAAUAAUGGAGGAGAUAAUGUUUCUAUAAGAGGAGAUAUGAUGCAGAACUCAACAUACUCACCUGAUUUCAAAAUUGUAAAUAUGAAAUCACAAAAAAAUAUCAAAAAAAAGAAUAGUGUUCCUAUUUCUAAUAAUAUAGAAUAAUGCACUGCUUUAUUUGCAUGUAAGUAUAGCAUUUAAUAAGAGCUUUCUAUUUGGAGCUUUUCCUAAUUGAGCGAAUAGAAAAUCUCUUAAAUAACUGUUGCUCUAAUUAUGAAUCCCUAAGAAGAAAUGAACUAGCAAAUAGUUAACCAUACAAGAUAGUAUUUGUUAAGGACCUACCCAAAAUAAGCAAAAAGCGAUCAUUCAAAUUAUAACUUUUUGCAGACUAUGGUGAGUGGGUGUUAAUUUUCUGCUAUGAACUAUUAUACAUAGGAUCUUUAUCUUCUUGCUUAUUUACAAUAUUUCAAGUAAAAUGCUUCAUGUGGAUAUGUGCUCAAACCACCCUGGCUCCUCUCAUCGACUGCAAAAACUUCAAACCAAUAUUUUGAAAAAGAAGCAUCAAAGCCUAAAAUUUGGCUCAAAGUAGAAAUCAUAAGCGCUUAAAGCCUUAGAAUACCUGGCGAUGAAGAAAAAAUAUUUUCACCUUAUAUCAGCAUAAGAUUAAUAGGAACAGCCUUAGAUAUUUAGGCAAACGAAAAUCUUUUUGUAUCAAAUUAGGUAAAAAAUAAUAGCUGCUAUAACCCACAGUUUGAAAACUGUAUUGCUGAUUUUACUGUUUACAUCCCAGAAUUAGCCUUUGUCAUUUUUCAAGUAUACGAUAACCCUGAAUGCUAAGAUCGCUUCGCUUAAUACGCAAUCCCAGUUAGCUGUAUCCGUAAAGGUUUCCGUACAAUUCCUCUUUUAGAUUCACAACUAAACCCAAUUCCAAACUCUUUUCUAUUUGCUCAUAUAAGUAUAGAAAUACUAACAUAAUAGUAGCAACAACAAAAUCAACAAACACUAAAAACUUAAAACAACUAAAUAAACACUUCAACAUAAGGUCUUAGCAAAAAAAGUAAAAACGCUCAAAAUAACUAACCUAGUUUACAUAAUAUCACCUCUAUUUGA